GGCUGUAGCCGCGGUACCGCAGCAGGGAGGCGGCGGCGGGGAGAGCGGAGUCCGCGGCGGUGGAGGCGGUGGAGGAGCCGCUGGAGGCCAGGACGCUGCCCGCUCCACGGCCGAGGAGCUCUCCGAGAUACCGACGCUAUGUGUGACCGGCCCAAGAUCCACGUCUUCCUGGGGGCUCCUCCUCCCUCCUCUUGCCCAGCCUCGGUGCCUGGAGCUGGGCCAGAGGGUGAGGAGCGUCCUCCUGCCGACUGGAGACACCUGGAGCUCACCUGGCAGAACAGACGCCUGAGGCCUGCAGCAGACAAUGCUGGAAAUCGUCUGGUGGAGGAAAGAACAGGCGGAGAAAACGUAGACGCUGACCGAUCUAUGCCGCGUUUAAAAAUCCAGGACGAUGAACCAAAGACUGAUGAGGACGACUCGUCCUCUAAAGCUGAUUGGACCACAGAGGUGUCACACGGACGGGAACGAGCGACGAGAUCUGGCUGUAAACUUAAGGCCGAUCAGGAAGAUCUCGGCUCCGCCGAUCACAGACCUGCAGAGAGAUCCCUGAGCCUAGAUGAAGAAUCAAACUCCGGACAGGAAGCUCAGUGUUCGGCUUCUAUUCAUGAGUAUCUGGACAGCUGUUUCCCUGCAGCUCAACCAGAACCUGAACCUCCACAUGGCUCUCAGUCGACAGCUCCUCCUCUGUCCGCCCAGACUCAGUACCUCACCACCUGGACUCUGAGUCAGGCAUUAAUCCUGAGAGGCAGGCGUGGAGUCCAAUCAGCAACCAGCCCUGAGAAAACCCCGCCUCCUCAAACUCCACCCAAACACGCCCAAACACCUCCGUCCGUCUCCUCCAGCACCCCGGAGCUCUUCAGUCCCGUAACCCCGUCACCUGGAGCCUCCGCCGAGCUCUUCAGCCAACCCUGCAUGACCCCAAGGAGAGAGGAAGGGGGCGUCGUGGUCGAAGCCACUGCAGAUGGGGUGCUCUGCUCCCAGGAGGCCGAGCAACAGGAGGCCGAGCAACAGGAAGCCACGACCGCCCAACACUCGCCCACCAAAUCCCCAGAGAUCAAGAAAGCUCGAACCUCAGAAAACCUCACGACAGAAACGUCUGUGGCGCUGGCGGGCUUCACCGCCACAACAGUCACCGGGCUCAGAGGUCCCACCACACUUCUGAUCCGCUGUGACAAACGGGGGGUUCGGUACUCGGUUCUGGUGGCGGUGGUUCACCCCUGUCACCUGAAGGAGGUCAAGGUGAAGUCCGGGCCGGCGGCAGGGACCUCCGUUCCUCUGGCGUCCAUCGUGGUAACGGACCAAUCGAGUGUUGAGAUGAAGGUGGUGCUGUGGCGGAAAGCGGCGUUCUGGGCGUUGACCGUGAUUCCUGGAGACGUUCUGCUCAUCACAGGACUGCAGGUGAAUGAAGACAGGUGGAGAGGAGAGACGGUGCUGCAGUCCACCUUCAGCAGCAAGCUGCUCAACCUGGGACAGAUCACUGCUUCCACCUCACCACCAGCUCCUCAGCAUGUUAACGCCCGCGAUCUCAGCUCUCUGUGUGGCUUUCUUCGGGAGCGGCGCCCCCUGCUGGUGUCUUUGAACCUCCGCCCCCCUCAGGACCUGAACCGCCUCCCUUACGCCACCCUGAGGUCACUGAGGGUCAACACGCUGGUUCACGCUCUGCUGCGUGUCACGCACACACACAUCAGCGCAGCGUGGCGGAGUGAGGCGGAGUCUCGCUGCAGGUCGGCUGUUCAGCUGCAGGCCGUUCUGACUGUGGAGCAGCCGGACGGCCAGCAGGGGGUGCUGCUGCUGUGGGGAGCAGCUGUGGACUGGCGGCCUCGCUUCAACAGAGACAGAGCGGCUGUCUGGGACUUCCACGUCCUCCUGGUGAGGGAAGGUUUGACCUCUGACCUUCCCGAGCUGCACUCCACCCCCUGGAGCUCAGUCCGGCCUCUGGACCCUGCUAACCGCCGGGCGCAGGAGUUCCUCCAACCACGACCCGUCCGAACAGGAAACAGCAGCAGUCUGGAGCUGGACCUCGACACGCUGCUGUCUCAGAAAUACAGCGGUGAAGUGGAGCUCAGAGUCCAGGUCACCGCCUUCCACUUCCAGGACUCUCCGCCUUCCCAGAACGCACCUCAGCCGGUCCUGGACAGUUCCACACCGCUGGAUGGUAUCCUGGAGGCGCUAAGUGGUGACAUCACAUACACCGGCUGCGGGCGCUGCUCCGCUGAACUCGAUACUGACGCCAACGGCAUCUACGGCCCCUGUUACCCUUGCCUGCCCCAGACCGCCGUACGCCGCUACUACAGGCCAGGUCUGUUGACAGUGAAUGGGCAGGGCAGCCGUCAGGUGUGUGUUCAGGUUCCUCCUGUUCCGCUGCAGAAGAUCCUCGAAGCUCCGCCUGAUAAACUCCACAGGAGCUCAGCUCUAGGCUCGGAGGUGAAGCACAUCCAGGUGGCAGCAGAGAGGAUCCAGACCCUCCUCUCCCUCCCGAGAAAAACCUUCAUCAUCAUCGUACGGAGCAACUUCCUGUGCGACGAAAACAGCAUCCCCAUCCAUCAGGACAUCACACUGCUGGACCUUCAGUUCCCCUGCUGACGGACUGCGUAGACCUGAUUUGGUUUGUUGGAAUGUGUUGAAGUGAUCAGCAGAAUAUCAUAAAACCAUUUUGACAAAACUAUAAAUAGAUAUGUGUUAUAUAAAUAAAACAUAUGAUCAUCUGCAAA